CAGUCAGUCAUCGGUCGGCUGGUGCCGGCCGUCGGUAGUCACCGUUCAGACGCUCUCGCAGACGGUCAGGCCAUUACGUGGAAGCAGCGCCGAACGCACCCCCACCAGUCUACCGCGCCCGGCGUAGAUACACGAACACCGCACGAGCGCCGUCCCCCUCUCUUCAGGGUCUCACACGACGGCCGAGUUUGCCGAGGGUCAGUCCAGUCGAGGACCGACAUUCGGUCGAGUCGUAUCCGUGCUGUUGUAUCUGAUAGGAUUUUUUAAAAAGACUUUCAAAUAAACAUAAAAAGAUUCAACGCGUUCGUGCCCCGGCAGUGUGUUGAAGCAGUGUUCAAGUGAUAUAUACCAAGGAUUAUAUAAAACAUGGCGACGUGUUACACAUCGUACGACCUCUCGGCACACACACCCCUGGCGACGCCGGCCAGCAUCGGGUCCAUCGGGACCUGCGGGCGAUCACAGGCCAGCAGCGGAGGUGCUGUCCAAAGCCAACAGAAAGACUACUCACGACCACUGCAUGUCGACUGCAGCGUGGAGUACGAGCUGCCGAAUCAAGCCAAACCACCCGCAGGAGUACGGAAUGAACCGCUGCUGAUGAUCCAUCCGUGCUACUUCCGGAAGAUCGAAAGCCAACGGCGCAGUCCCUUCGUCAACAACCUCCCGACGCGGACAUCCCAACACACACAACACACCCAACCGCAUCAGCCACACCAAACGACGGCCGCCGCACCGACGUCCAUCUCCACAUCGGCGACAACCGCCUCCAAGCGGCGCGCCGCUCGCGGCCAACAACUACCCCAGCAGGUGCCACAGCAAGCAGCGCAAUACCCUGUCCAGUAUGCGCAGCAUCAGCUGUGGGAUCCAAUGCCGCAUCUGGUGCCGAACAUCGCCGCCACCUCAACACCGGUGGGUGCCUAUUGCGCCAACACCAACAACAUGGUCACCACCGGACACUCGCAUUCCAAGCGGCAGGCCGAUACGAAUGCCAUGCUCGCCAACAUCAACGUCAACCUCAAUGUGCUGGGAGCGAAUUGCGGCUCCUAUGCGAACACCUCCGAUGUGCUGGCGCAUUGCUGGACGGAGCCGGAUCGUUCACCCGACCGCCCCGAACAUCUGACCGCCGGUAACGCUGGUAGUGGCGGCGGCGGCGGCGGCGGUAAACAUAUUCUCACCGGCAAGUACAGACAGUACCUGCGGGCGCAUCGACUGCAUCCGUACGUCGCGUCGGCCAUCCCGCUCGCCUCCACCUUCCCGCAGCUCCACCAGCAGGUGUGCUACAAUGUGUGAUCGUUAAUCUGGAUGUGAUAGAAAUCCUGCGGGAGACUUGUACAUACGAUUUCAUAUAGUACUAUCGCAUGUGAGAUCUGGUUAAACAGAAGAAGAAAAAAGUAUAAAAAUAACUAGGGGGUAUCUGAUAGAGACCGACUGUAAAUUAUGAAUAUUUGUGAUAAUAGUGUGUAUAAAAUGUGAUUACGCGUUGUGGGGAUGGGUGCGCGCGCGUGCGCGCCGCCUCCCGGGCGUGGUGGUAGUGAUCAGAGGAGAGAGAGCUGCGCGCCGCAUCCCUCUUCUCUCGUCGACGCUGUCUGCGCGCGCCGCCCGCCGCCCAGCUGUGUGUGGUGUGACCGAACCGUCGCCAGAGGAUUAUGUAUAGCUGCUUUUUUUUUCCUGUUAUUCCUGUUACGACCGAAAAACACGACGCCAUUUUAUGGAUUAUCAUCAGUUUUCAACACAACAAACCAAGAUAUAAUACCGGAGACUACUUCAGAGCGCAGCAGCCAAAACAAGCAGGAUGCUGGAAUAAUGCAUCACUAGCCCCCUCACUUGGAUUGUUUUUUCAUUUUUUGGAUUACAUAUUAUACGUUUGUGUGCGACCGAUGAGAGAUAGAAAAGAAGACGACAUAUUCGACGAAGCUUUAAUAAUACCCAAGUGCUGAUAACGAUGCGAAUUUCCUGCGCUCGCCGUGUGUGCGACCGAGCACCCCGUUCAUGUCGCGAUAUCGCCAAAAAUUUCAAAACUAUUAAGAUAUACACUCACGAAACAAGAAAUAAUUAUUAUAAUGCAGAUACACGUGUAGCUAGAGCAGCAGAUUAUUUAGAUGAUUGUGUACUGAGUAGGUUUACGAGAUAUGCAAACAAAUCCCGCAUUGUCUUUCGAAAGAAUUAACCUCAAAAUGGAUCCGUCAAAACGGUGUAGUACCAACAUAACCAAAAAAACUAUGUUUGAAUAUCAUUUGUUAUUUUGAAUUAUUGGCAAAGCAAAGAAAUAAGUAACAAUUCGUACUGAAUCUGGAUGAAUAAAAGCGCAUAAUUCCACCACGAAGUUUAUAGUUUUCAUUCGAAACAUUUAUUACUAACAUACAACACACAUGACUCAUCAAAAUUAUACGUAGACCUGUUUUUUUAGUUUUCGCGUUAGGUUUUAUUGAUAAUUCAAAAACUCAACAGGAUACAAAGUUAAUUUUAACAGAAAAUGAUUCUGUAUUAAAUUCUACAUCUAAUCAUCAAACAUUUAUCAAAUUACUUUGAAAUUAAUAAGAAUUACACACAAUUUUGUCAAUAUUUCUGUCAAAAAUGAUUUUUACUUGAAAAGUUUUUGUUUAAAAUAUAAAAUUGUUUUGUGCGCAUGAUUAGAUGUGGAAUUGAAUGCAAAAUGUAAAAAAAUUCAAAUUGUAACUCGUUGCGUUCUUGAAUAAUCAAUUGCCAGUAGUGAAAUUUGGUUUAUAUGUGUUUCAGACCGUUUGACAACACUUAUAUGACCGUUUAUUGCGAUUGUGUUUUUGCGUUGUUUUCCUUUUGCAUUUAGAACGUCAGGCGUCGAUGUCGUUAGAGCCGGGGCCCGAUCGAGAAAGAAGUAAUUACGAGCCGAGCGCCACCCACACGCGCGACACAGCACACACAACGGGUAAUUUAUUAUUCAAAGUGGGUGUACGAGUACCGAGCACACCACGCUGUACGCAGCCGGCGAGUCGGGGCCGACGUGAAUUAACGAGCGUGUCUUCGGCGAUUCGUUUUCGUGUAUUUCACGACGACCGUUUUUUCCGACUUUUUUCACGUUUCGACGUUUUCAAUGGAGAUUUGAUUACAAGUUAUGCGUUUCCACUCCAAGCGUGCGUCGGAAUUAAGUGGAUUCAUUAAAAUAUGACGUGACUGAGGCGUUUUUCUGAAUUAAACUCAAAUAAUAACUACUUACUGCGAAAAUAAAAUUUCUGCAUGCUCACCGUUAGCAUUUUUAAAACUUAUUUUGAGGUUAGAGUUGUAGUGGUGGCGCGUUGCAUUUAACACCGCGUUAGUCAAAUUACACGAACAUCAACGAUGACACACGAAGUAAAAGGAAACAAAAACUGACAGCACAUACAAAAAAUUUGAAGUGAAAUUCAUGUUUAGGACAAUAAAACACUUGAUAUUCUCAUAUUUUGUAGCUGAAACGCGUUGAAUUCAUAAAUUCGUUUGUGUUUACGAUGUUUUCGCACCGCACAGCGCUUUGACGGAUUCUCGCGAACGCUUUAAUUAGCCUUUUCAGCCUUGUAUCAUUAACCGUUUAAUCACGACGAUGCCAUACGUUUAUACAAUAAUAAAUGAAUCUCUGCCGCCUGCGAGAAAUAAAUAUUAAUCGAACAACCAACAACAACAUCAAAUGAGACGAGAGCGAGCAGCGAGUUGAGCGAAACAAAUGAAUCAAUGCCGUAACUGUAAUCUCCCUAUAGGAUUAUAACGAAGCAACAAUAACUCAGAAAGAUGUAAAGAAGUGAAAGAAUGCUGAAUGCAACUUCAAAGCGAACACACACUAAUAAGCUAAGAAAUCAAUCUUCCAUAGAGAUAUGUACUAACUUGUAUAUGUUCGAAUAAUGACUGUAAUAAUUAAUAAUAAUGUGCGCUAAUGUGAAUAUUGUACACACAAAACACAUACACUACACACACACGAAGAAAACAAAACAUGUGCGAAAUUUGUCGAUAAGGAAAUCAGUUCAGAAAUGUGCGCAAAGUGGAAACGGAAGGCGAAUUUAGAUUAAAUUUGAGCAUACGGGUCGUAUUAUUAAUACUAAUGCACGUUUUAAGUUUGAUUCGAAAUCGAAAUUAUUUAGGAAUAAGUUACGGCUACAAAGUGAACGGAAACUGACUUCCUUUUAAGGUUAAACACACAAAAAACAUUAAAAAAGUAGCUACAAAUAGCUAGACCAAAGAGCAGUAAGUUUAAUUUAUCUGCGUAAUGCAAGAAAAUAACAAAACACAGUGUGUAAAUAUUGUACAUUUCCAUUUUCUAUUCUAUUUCUACUUCUAUUAACGCAACGCAGGCAACCAACAUUACACACAUUUGACACAUGCGUUCGAUUAGAGUUUGAUUUUCGCGAUCGCGACCGAAACACACCGAUUUGAUGAAUGCGUACUAUUGAGUGUCUAGAUGAGAAAGUAGGGUUAUGUGAGGAGAGGCAUGUGUAAACACUGACCGAGAUGAUGAAAAACAAAACCACAAAAAAAUUCUAUAUUAAAACAAACUAUAUAUUGAACAUAUAUAUAAUGUACAGCUAGUCAUAGUAUGAAUACGCUUAUUAUAUGAAUUAAUUACGGAUCUACAUCAUGUAUUAUAUUGAUCAAGACGAUGAUGCAGAUUUCGACGAUGACGAUGAUGAUGAUGAUGAUGGUGGAGCAACUGAUAAAACUGAAAAACUGAACUUGAAAAUUGAAAAAAAUAAAAACGUGUUACUGUUUUUUCUAUAUAUCAAA